GUUUCACUUCCUUUGCACAAGAUUCUUACGAGCACUGUUGAAAUUGUGGAGUGAACGUUAAAAAAUGCAGACAAUAUUAAUCGUUAAAACGUCUAGACUGUAUUCGCAAAUAUCGGAAAGGCAACAGACUGGUUGGACAAGUUCACUAUAGCUUAGGCCCACUGAAGCGCGCAAUGUUAUAAAGUGAAUGAUUCACUCAUUAUGCAUCCAGACUGUUUGAAUAAUAUAAAAUAUUCUUCGUCGUACUGAAGACGACGUUUGCCGAAGUUUACCGAAGAUGUUGAUCAAAAAGUUUUAGAAUAUUUUUUCUACUUGAAUUAAUAAAAAUUUUAUCGAAUCUAUUAUUGACUAUAAUAGUAUUGAUUUUUUUUAAUUGAUUCAAUACAAUCUACUGACAAUCCUCCCAAAAAUGGGAGGAAAAACAACGAUAGCCAACUUCCUAUCAGACGCCACCGAUAAUAGUGGAAAUGAAUAUCGAGCAACACAAGGAGUCAGAAUAGUGGAAUUCGAAUCCUAUCUAAACAUCAAUAACAGAAGUCUCAAGGUCGACAUAGAGCUGUGGGACUGUGGAGGCAACAAAAAAUUUGAAAAAUGCUGGCCAGCCUGCUACAAAGACGCCAACGGUGUGAUCUUUGUCUACGAUCCAGUUUCCGAGGUGCAAAUAAGUGAACUGGAUUACUACUACGAUCACUUCGUUCUUCAGAGCGGCAUACAGCAGAGCAAUUGCAUUGUGGUCUCCUAUUCCAGGCAACCUACCUCCAAGUCCUCGGCUCAAUUAGGUAACCAGUUCUCACGGAUGACAAAAAUCACGGCCAAUAUAGAAGAAGACGGAAACAAGCUGCGUACUCACUUCAAUAACUAUAUUUCAGGGAUAAUUAACAGAGUUCAUGAUACAACUGAGAGGGAGGAGCUGAAGAUUAUCAAUAUUCCAUUUGGUCCAUAAUCAAUUAUAAACCUCAAUUUUGGGAUUGUCAUGAAUGAGAGCUCUGCACUAGACUCUAAAACUCAAUUUCGGGAUCCUCAGAAGUAAAAUAUAUCAUAAAUGCAUUAUGAUACAGGGAGGAGUUGAAAAUAAUAAUCUUCAAAUUUGGUCAGUGAAGCUGUAAAAAAGAAAACUCCCAAAUUUGUGAGAAUGAACUACUUUGUCCAAUGUAAUACAAGUAUUACAUGGAGGUGUAUUGUAGUAAUGUAUCCCUGAAUAGUUUAUUAGUUAGUUUACCUUGUCGAAGUAAUUGACGAUAAAAGUAUUGAUUAUUAAUAAAUGGUUUAGAAUAAAAUUUGACAAUAUUAAUCUUGUCUUUAAUUUGUUAAUAAGACAUGAAUACGCAUAGAAACAAAAGAUAAUGAUGAAAAGGAAACUGUAACUGAGAUUUCCAACGUGUUUUUUGAGUAAAAUGUUCAAAUGAACAA